UUGAUCGAUUUCGGGACAUGUUAGAGAAAGUUUGAAUUAAACACCGGAAUGGUGAUCUAAACAGUCAUUGUACCUAACUGUCUCUUUUGUGGGAAAAUAGCUACAAAUUCUACCGCAGCAGUUCAACUACACGGUGGUCAAUGAUUGGCCUAGCAGAGUCACUUGUGAUACUUCAACUUUAAUCGAGAUCCGAACUGAUCAGGGGGGAUACGAGAACAGUUCAACUCGUUAUGUUCAGUUAAACAACAUGAAAGUCGCAUGCUACUGCAACACAGGGGACAGAAAACUAACAAAUCCAGUCCUCAGUCGACCAUGACAUAAGCAUCUGUAGAUGAACGCAAUCAGAAAUGUAAAUACGAUCCACCCACGACUUUACAUGGAUGAGUGCGCCAACUGCAUGUGUUCGUGACUCUAGCGGUUUUGAUUAAGACAAAAACAACGACCGGCAAACGGACGCAACAGAAGAGCAGUCACCUUUCUACCAUUAGUAAUGAAGAUCAUCUGUGCAGGAGCCGGAAAAACGGGUACCAAGUCAAUCGCCAAAGCCCUGCGGCACCUUGGAUUUACGGUGUUCGACUUUGAAGAGCAAACGCUUGACUUCCUAGAUCACUGGGUCAAUGUUUUCCAAAAUGGCGCCAAACCUGAUGUGAAGCGAGUUUACCAGAAUGCCGACGUAUGCGUGGAUACGCCAGGAAACUUCUUCUUCGAGGAAAUACUGGAAGCUUUUCCUGAUUGUAAAGUGAUUUUGAGCGUGAGAGAGGAAGAUUCGUGGAUAGAAAGUGCUGUUCGUCAGUUGGAUUCAUUGUAUGCUAUACGAUCCAAGAUUGUAUCCAUGUUAUCGCCAACGGCGAGGAAAAUGGAGUAUUUUUUGGAUUCCUUCUUCAAUGCCACCAUUGGAUCUUUUAACACCAAGUCCACCUAUGUUAUAAGAAAGCGAUAUCGUAUCCACAACCACCGUGUAAAGUCUAUUGUUCCCGCUGACAAGCUUCUGGUGUAUGACGUAAAACAAGGAUGGAGGCCAAUGUGUGAUUUCUUGGAGUGUGAAGUCCCCACUGUUGCCUUCCCACAUGAAAAUAUCAAAGCUGAAGUUACUAAGAAGAUCAUUACAGGCAGAUAUGGCCAGCAGGUGAAACGGGAGUUUCAGAGUGGUGUCUUGAAAAUCAGUUUAUUUCUUGUAGUUAUUUUAGGAGUAUUUCUGGCCAUCUUUUUGCAUCACUGAGCAUGACCUCAGAGUAAUAACAUUGACAAUUUUGCAAACUUUGGAAAUUCCAGAUACUAUCU